AUGGUGGAAAUAGGAGUUCACCAACAAUCAGCCGAGGAGAGUCUGGAGAAUGCUGAAUGGUAUUGGGGAGAUAUUACAAGAGAUGAAGCGAAUGAAAUGCUUAGAGAUACCUGUGAUGGCACAUUUCUAGUCCGCAAUGCUUCAAACAAAGAUAGUGGGUACACAUUGACUGUAAGGAAAGGAGGCACAAAUAAAUUAAUUAAAAUAUACAACCAUGAAGGUCGCUAUGGCUUUUGUGAACCUUUUGAAUUUAAUUCAGUUGUGGAUCUUGUUAAGUUCUACAAGGAAUACUCCCUGGCACAUUGUAACAGUAGUCUUGAUAUCAAGCUUAUGUACCCACUAUCAAGGUUACAAGAAAAUGAUGGGGCUGAAAAUAUUAAUGAUGAAACACUUGAGUCAAGAUAUAAAGAAAUCCACAAAGAGUUUGUUUUAAAAACAAGGGAUUAUGAUGAAAGAUCCGAUACAUAUAUGAAAUUAAGAGAAAAAGUAAAAAUGAAGAAGCAAUCACUUGAUGCCUUUAGAGAGACUGUAAAAGUUUGUGAAGAACAUCUGAAAUUACAAGAAAAAAUGCAGGCUGAAGCACAACCACAUGAGAAAAACGGGCUUAUUGAAAAUAAUAAGCAAUUAGUUUCACAAGUCAGCAAUUUGAAACAAGCUCGGCUUCAAUUAACCAAUUUAUUGAGGGAGACUGUUGAAUCUAACUUGCUACUUGAAAGAGAAAUAACAAAAUUAAAAUCAGAAAUAAUAAAUCUUUACAAAUUAAAGGACCGCUACAAAGUGUGGCUCCAAAGAAGAGGUAAAACUGAAGAAUAUAUUCAAGCCUUAGAGAACAAUAACAUUCAUAUUCUCGAAAAGUUGUAUGCACAUAAUGAAUCAAUAAGUUGGAUGGUGGAAAAUUGUACUAGGGACACAGCAGAAAGGCUACUUGAUGGUAAACCCCAAGAACCAUACAAUAUCUAUAAAACCCUCAAUGAACUUGUUCUCCAUUAUGCAGUUAACUCAUUAGAAGAACAUAAUGAUCAAUUAAGGACUGUCCUGAAGUAUCCUGUUAACGCCCAUUUAGUGAAAAAACCUGAAAAGAAACAGAAUUUACUUCAAAUAAUUAUUUUGAAAAUGUCCCGUUACGGUGAUUGCAAGGUAUAUGUUGGUGAUUUAGGUAAUAAUGCAAGUAAACCUGAACUUGAAGAUGCAUUUUCAUACUACGGGCCUCUUAGAAAUGUGUGGGUAGCUAGAAACCCACCCGGCUUUGCGUUUGUUGAAUUCGAAGAUCCUCGUGACGCUGAAGAUGCGAUUCGUGGUUUAGAUGGAAGGACAAUAUGUGGCCGGCGUGCUCGCGUUGAGAUGUCUAAUGGAAGUAGGGGAUAUGGACGUGGGCCGCCUCCAAGAUCACGUCUACCGCCUCGGCCCUACGACGAUCGUUGCUACGAUUGUGGAGAUCGUGGACACUAUGCACGAGACUGUACACGCCGCCGCCGCCGAAGGUUAUCAUUGGCCUGUGCUCCGAGAACGAACUCUUCAGUGUCUGCACUUCUUAUUCCGAUCGAGGUCCCGUCGUCGUACCCGCUCGCGCUCACCGCGCUCAGGCUCGCGUUCCCGCAGCCGUUCCCGUUCGCGCUCCCGUUCAAAGGGGAGGUCUAUGUCCCGCUCCAGAUCACGUUCUCCAUCCAAAGAUUCCAAGAAGUC